UUGUUUUACGUUAUGUGCUGCUUGUGAAAUUCCCUACAGGUCGGUGUAGCUGAUUCUUGUACUUCUUGGUACUUCUAGCCAUAUAUGGUGCGGGAUAUUUAGAGAAAGAAGUGCUUCCCUUGAUAUUUAGUUAAUUAUGAUUACUCUGUCAAAGAAAUUAAAGGAAGAUGCAGCCAGAAAAUCAUCUGGUUCCAACUCCAAAUCACCAGACCUCAACAAUUCAACAAAGCGGGUUUCAAUACGAGACAGAUUGCUCAUCAAAGAAGUGCCUGAAAUGACAUCCAGCUUACCAAAGACAUGUAAAGUGCAUUUUCCUGAUGUUCAUAAACUUCACCAUAGUCUCUUAACAAUAUCUCCUGAAGAGGGCUACUGGAAGGACGGCAAAUUCAUCUUUGAACUCACACUAACAGAAGAAUACAACAUAGCGCCUCCAAAAGUCAGAUGCAAAACAAAGAUAUGGCAUCCCAACAUCUCAGAGGAGGGUCAGAUCUGUCUCAGUCUUCUACGAGAGCAUUCAAUGGACGGGACAGGCUGGGCACCGACAAGAACCCUGACAGACGUGGUGUGGGGACUCAACGCUUUAUUUACAGAUCUUCUUAACUUCGAUGAUCCACUCAACAUCGAAGCAGCAGACCACUAUCUCCGGGACAAGCGAGACUUUGAGGUGAAAGUCCAGCGUUACGUCAGGAACUACGCGAGAUGACAUGCGCUCGUGGCGUUAGUUCUACUGUACUGUGUAAAUAAGAAGGCACGAUAUGGUCUCGAAAGAUAUUCAGGUCAUACAGACAUAUCUAAUAUUUAUUGUAGACUUUCUACUUUGGGAGUGUUCCAGUGAGGAACGAUGUGCUUCUUCUUGUUUACGAAUCAUUCCCUGCCCAAAAGAAGGCCGUAACUGCCAGUGACAAUACCUAGCUGUUACGGCUUUCUUACGGGCAGCUGAUGAAAUGCUUAUUUUAUUCUUGACCCCGUGUGCACUUCAAGUUUUCUUCCAUUGUACAUUGUUGUGCACAGGGCACUCGGGUUGUGCAACUAAUUGGGAAAGUGUUAUAUGAUGUAGGUAUUUGGCAUCAUAUCCUUUUUAGAAAGGGAUAUGAUUUUGUUGAUAGCUAAUUAGAGUAGCCGGGUCAUGCGAGAAGCAACUUGGUUGAUUUAAGAAAUCAGCUGCACAUAUGCAAUAUAGAGUACAUUGAUUUACAUGUUAAUUACUGAUUACUGAUGUCAAAUCACUUCUCUUUAAUUUUAAUUGUAGUAUACAAUUGUUAAGAUCAGCUAGCUGCAGGAUUAAUUUAUUUUUUUUUUAUUUUUCUUCGAGUGAUCAUGCUCCUUCCCAAGCAAUAAUUCUUUACUAAAACAAUCUCAUCUGUGGCUUUAAAGGCUCAUAAAUGUAUGAAGAACAGAUGGUAGUAUUGAGAUGAUGUCCUCAGUCCUGACAGCUUUAAGUUCCAUCCAGCUUCAAAAGGUUUCGCCUUCUUGCAUGUUAAUUUUGCAGUCCAUUUUUGUAAGGUUUGAGUCAGAGCUCGGUUGACCACCUCUUCAAUGCUUUUGCAAAAGUUUAUUAAUAAAAGACCCUACUUGUGAAAGGAGGGCUUGAUCAGUAUAA